AUGACAUUGCGAGGCAAAGCCAGCGUCUUCGCCGGCGCUGCCCUGCUCCGGCUUAUUCUCUUCCUCGCCUUCCCCGGUCUGCCCGACCUUCUUACUGGUCGCGUCGAGAUAUCAACCCCCGUCACAAGCUUCAAGCGAUUGCAAGAGGGUCUCUUCUUAUAUACCAACAACGUUUCCCCUUACGAUGGUGGUGUCUUUCACCAAGCACCUCUGCUGCUGCCCUUAUUCUCGCUGCUCCCCGACGUAAAGAGCUGGCCCAUCUUCACACACCUGCUCUACAUCGCUGUCGAUCUACUCAGCGCCGAUUCUCUCUAUAAGAUUGCCGACUCGGGUGUGGCGAGCAGCUCGAGGCUGUUUACAUCACCACGUCGUGCCAAUAAGUUUGGUAGCGCUGCGAUUGCUGCUGGCUUCUUAUUCAACCCAUACACUAUCGCAACUUGCAUAGGGCGAUCAACUGGCGUCUUUUCCAACUGCGCCAUUCUACUCGCCAUCAGCAAGGCCAUACAGGGCUCUCCCUUCAAUGCCAUGGUCGCUCUGUCUUUUGCAUCUUAUCUGUCCAUGUACCCUAUCCUCCUCCUUCCUCCCACGAUUCUUCUUGCCUACGAUUGUCAAGUUGAGAAGCGUCGGAUUGCAUCUGCUGCCAAGUUUGCUGCCACCAACGUGGCCGUUGUGCUAGGAUGCAUAGUUUCGUUGUUGGGUAUGUCCUUUUUGCUGGCUAAUAACUCGUGGGAGUUCCUUGCUCGCACAUAUGGCAUCCAGUUGACUUUGUCGGAUCUGACACCUAACGUUGGAUUGUGGUGGUACUUCUUCAUUGAGAUGUUCGAUUCCUUCAGAGCUUUCUUCCUCGGGGUCUUCUGGCUUCAUCUCGCCUCCUAUCCUGCAGCCCUUUCUAUCCGUCUGCGCCCCCAGCCACUAGCUGUUUUGACCAUCUUGCUGGGCACUUUCUCUAUCUUCAAGCCAUACCCUUCGCUUGCAGAUGCGAGUCUCUUCCUGUCCACAGUUCCUCUGUUCCGACAUGUUUUCCCACUCAUGCGGUACGCUUUCGUUACUACGUCUACGCUUCUAUAUGCGACAUUCCUGGGACCUGCCUUUUACCACCUCUGGAUCUAUGCAGGAAGUGGCAAUGCCAAUUUCUUCUAUGCUAUCACUCUUGUGUGGAGCUUGGGACAGAGUCUGCUUGUGACAGACCUGACAUUUGCGGUCCUAAGAGAUGAGUGGGAGAUUGACCGACCUGAAAUGGCAGGCAAAGAAAUCAGACAGAUAUAG